AAAAAAAAAAAAGCAACCGACUGGAGAAAAAGUGGAAAGCGGUGAGCGGCGGAGUGGAUUUCGAGAAGUUUCUCUACCCUCACUUUUUUCUCUCCUUAAGUUUUGCAAUUCGAAUUUGGCUGAUUUCCGUACGGCGAACGAAUUGGGGGAAUUUUUGUUGGUUGACGGUGGUGGAUGGGUACAUGCCGGCGGAACACGAUGAAAUUGGAGAGUUUGCCCAAGGGUUUCAGAUUCCGGCCGACCGACGAGGAGCUUGUGAACCAUUAUUUGAGGCUGAAGAUUAACGGCCGUCACUCCGACGUCGACGUCGUCAUCCCCGAGGUUGAUGUCUGUAAAUGGGAGCCAUGGGAUCUUCCUGCGCUCUCUGUGAUAAAAUCCGGUGACCAGGAAUGGUUCUUCUUCUGUCCUCGUGAUAGAAAAUAUCCAAAUGGGAAUCGCUCUAAUCGAGCCACCGAGGCUGGUUACUGGAAAGCCACGGGCAAAGAUCGUACUAUAAAAUCUCAUAAAUCAUCAUCUUUAGGUCGCUCCACUUCCCAAUUAAUUGGCAUGAAGAAGACUCUUGUUUUUCACAGGGGUCGUGCUCCUAAGGGUGAACGUACGAAUUGGAUUAUGCACGAGUAUCGUGCCACUGGACCAGAUCUUGAUGGCACUGGCCCUGGACAGGGAGACUAUGUCCUAUGUCGCUUAUUCGACAAGGCUGAUGAGAAGCUAGACUAUUUGAAAACCGAUGAAGUUGAACAUGCUUCAUCAUCACAUCUGUUUCAAGAAUCUGCGAUGCUGGAUGUUCGCAUGCAAAUGCUCGAGGAGCCGGAGGACUUAAACAAGUGGUGGGUUGAUUUGACUGACACCUGUGCAUCUGAGGGAGUCGAUCAAUCAGGAGAAGAAACAGCUAUGGAGGUUUACGAGCCGUUGAGAGAUGCUUUAAUGUCUGAAGGAGCCAUGCAGUCAAACGGUUAUACUGAUUUAUUUGCUGAUGACUUUGGCGAUGGACAAAACGGAUUGAAUUUUCAAGAUGGAACAUCUGAACAGGAUGCAUCGCUGUCAGAGUUAUUGGAAGGCCUUCAAAACCAUGAUAGCAAUUACUCUUAUGAAGAUUCAAGUAACAGUGACACGUCUGCUGUCACAAAUAAGAGCUCUGUCCCCGGGCCCACCGGUGGUUUAGAACAGACAACGUCUGCAAUCUAUGAGGGUCAAAUAUGUGGGAAUCUCUUACACGCUGAGCAAUCUAGUUGUCAAACCCAUUUACAGUAUGGGGUUAAAGAAGUUGAUUCAUCGAUCGAUAUAGUUGGGGGAACAUGCUACAGACCAGUUCAGACGUUGUGUCACUUGUAUCAUGUGAAAGACGAUACUACCCCUGUUAGUGAAACUGGAAUCAAGAUCCGAACUCAUCGGCCGCGGGUUCGACCAGUUAUUGUGAACAGGAUAGCACAGGGGACUGCUCCGAGGAGAUUUCGUCUUUUGUAUGAUUGUCGACCAAUCGCUGUCUGUUAUGCAAAUUUCAAGGGCGAAGAACAAGAAUCAGAACCACUUAUUACACAGGAGUUAGAAGGCAGCUUUCCCAAUGAGAAUAAGGAGACUGUUAAAACAUGUGAUCCAGUACCAGAUGCUGCGAAACGUGGCAGUGCAAAAGCGGCAUCAUUUACAUCAUUGUUUGUUCGUCAAGGUUCGAGUUAUUACGCUGUCGGCGCAUUCAUGGUAAUAAUCCUGUCAUUAGUUUUUAUCGGAAUGUGGCGCUGUCCCAAUUUUCGAUGCUCUGCAUGGUAAUUGACAUGUGUAAAUUAUGGUGUUAAUGUUAUUAUUAGGUGGUAUACUAUACACUCUUUUAUAAUUUUUUAUUUGUCUAGUGAUUUAUCGAAAGUCGUUUGAUUAAUAAGUAAUAACCGGUAAAUUAGUAGUAUUGAGCAUUGCAAUAUUUGAGUACUAUACACACUCUUUUAAUUUUCGAUUUUCCGAAUUUUUUGGAAGCAUACAUAGUCAAUUAUUGGAUAUUUUGCUUUACGGCCCGAU